CCGAUUCUUCUUCUUUUUUCUCCCUUUUUCUUCUUCUCAUUUUCAAACAUAAACAUCGUCGAUUAUCGACGAUCCAAAAAAUGAUUAAUUGUUUUUUUUCUUCCAUAUAAUGUCGAAACAAACACGGGUGAAGUAAGCCACUAACAAAACUCUUCCUAGUUCGAACGAUCUCGGAUUUGGUCAAGCGAUUUGAAACAAACCGAAGAAGAAAACGCUCGAACAAGACGCACUACAAAAGGAGGAAAUGGCUCGAAUCAGAGACAACAAUGGCAAGCUAAAGCAAGCCGAAAAGAAAUAUAAGAAGAAACAUGAUUUUGGCGUUGCUCCGAGUUUGGAACCUCGUCGAAAGGACGGUAAAAGUUUAUCUACUUCUCAUCGAAGCGGCUCGGGAGUAAACCAAAAGGGAUCCACUUCAAUAAACCACUACCUCAAGCGGAGCAACAAACACAAGAAGAAUUUGAUUCUGCUACGCUUACUAAAGAAGAAAGUGGUGACGAAAAAGUCGAUGAAAAAGAAAGUGGUGCCAAGGAAGUUGAUGAAUAAGAAAGUGACAAGAAAGUUGGUGAAGAAGAAAGUGAGAAGAAAGUUGAUGAAGAAGGAGGAGAAAUUCAAGAGUAUGUCCAAUGAGGAGAAGUUCAAGAACAUGUCCAACAACAAGGCAAGAAUGAUGGUCCAAAGAAGAAGAAAGGGGACCACAUGCCCGACUCGCUGAAGAUGUUUCCUCGCGGCCCUCUGAU